AUGAAUAAGCGCAAGCUAUCAUCAAAGUCUGAUGACUCAGAUUUGGUCAAUUUAUGUUCAUUCCUUCUGCCGGAGGUCCAAAAAAUUGUGAAUGAUCGCAGAGUGUCGGAGAAUUCUCCAAUCAGACCACUUUUAGAAGAUAUUUUGCGCCAUGAUGGAAUAAUUCCUGUUCCCAGAGAAUUUUCCCAAGCUACACAGUAUCCAUCAGUCAGGAGAUUGCAUCCAUGUGGGUUACCAAAUACUGAAUUUUCUAAAGCUUCAGUUUCCUCUUUAAACAAAAGCAUUGCAGAGGAUGGAAAGACUGUGCGAGACUAUUUGCGCAACAAGCCGGCAAACAAUAGCAGUCGUUAUCCGGUAAAUCAAACAGUGAGCAGGCUCCCAUCCAAGUACAUUGGUGCCGCAGUAAUACCACCUCCAAGGCCAAUUAAACCUGUUCUGAACACGUCAAAGAAGCCGAUACCUAGUACCUCGGACAUUCCACAAAUGCCUCCGCUGAAAGACCGAAGAAUUUACUUUCUCAAAAGGCACGAGACUUCAGAUGUACCAUAUCUGGCGCAAACCGAAUUCCCUGAAUUCGUUACUGUGGGAGAAGAGAAAUUCUUUCAGAUGUGUCCUUUCGCAGGUUUUGCAUUCAAUGUAAAACGAAUUGGAAUGUUCUCUGAUCCGGAUGACAAGGCAAUCUAUGACCCUGAAUAUACCCAAAACAAAAAAAGAUGCAUUGGUAAAGCGAAAAUCAUCUACUUGACUAACUUAAUAGACUCUACCUAUUUCCAUAAGAUACGAGGUUCUCAGUCUCCAUACGUUAUAAGAAUACUUUGCGGAUGGAGUAUUGAAAAGAUUUGGUUGAACACAAGAACUUGGGUAUUGUUUGUCGAUGGGAAAUCCUUCGAGGAGCGGAUUUCUUCUGAGGCGGAAUUGGAUGAAGUUUGUAUGCUUGGUAGUUUUCUCGGUGCGAACACAGAGGAAACUGCUUUCCUACGGAAGAGGUACCGUAAUCACAGGUUGAAGGAACGCCAUAGUCAUUCUAUUGAAACCGGUAAUUCUCUUGUAAAUAAGAGAGCUCUGCAAUCAGGUAUAUCGUCGGUAGAUGAGGCACAAAGUAAGAGAGUACGUGAAAACGAUUAUGUUGCGAACGAAGCUCAAAACGUGACAUCAGACUUGGGAUGGCGACAUCGUGAUGAUUGA